GGUUCCAUGUCCAGAGCAGGCAGCCAACGGUUCUUUACCUCCUCAGCUUUGCUCAAGGAGAAACCCAACCUGAGGCAAGACGGCAAGAAAGUAGAGCGAAUCUCAGAGCAAGUGAAUUCACGGAGCAGCAGUUCUCCACACUGCAGUGCCAGCAAAACUGUGAGGCGCAUUUCAGCCGCCUGCCUGAUCUCCUUGGUUACCUUGAUGGGGAAUAUCUCUCUCGAUUUAAGCAAAACUCUGGAAUCGUGGAGAAAUGCUGAGAAGGCUCUUGCCAGUCUCCCGUCAUGCCAGAGCAUCCUGGCUCUCCGUCUUGCCGGACUCCUCCAUGAUGAAGAGAGGCAGAUUUGUUGUUGGGGAGACAGCGAGGGUAAAGCUUCAAACAUGUCUCUGCCGGAGCGUGCGCUGGAGAAGUUAGCCGUUUCUUGCACAGAAUCCAGAGAGACGGUCUGCUGCAAGGAAGGGGCAGACUUUGGGUGCCAGGAUUUCAUCAGCAAGAUCAGACAGAGGCUGAAAAGCUCCCAAGCAGCAGAGAUGGCUCUAGUGCGGUCUGGGAUUAUUUCAGAAAUUCUGGAGUUGCUUGGGAGUCCUGAGGAGGACCUCAAAGCGAUGAAGUCGAACCCCAAUUGGGUUGAUGUGGCAACUCUCAGAGUUGUCCUCCGAACCAAAGGAGCCGUCCUGAAGACUCAAGGGACGGCCCCAUCAGCAUCUGAAGAUGCCCAAGCCCUCUGGCGUCAGAUGUCUGCCAUUCUCACCUACUCAGUCUUCGCAUCUGAAAGCGUUCAAGAAUGUUGGACAGAGAUCUCAAACUUCUCCAUCUUGUUCACCCGAUCCUCAGGCAUCCCUGUCCUCUCCCUGUCUCCAGAACCCUUGUUGUUGAUGCCGAAUGAAGGUUUGGUGAAGGAGCUGGAUUCCUUCCAGGCUUGCCUGUCGGAGAAGAGCCGUGAGAAACUUGGCAAGAAAUCCAAAGAUAUCCUCUCCUUGGUGAGCCUCAAAAUCAGCCUUCUGGCAGUCGCCAUCCUCAUCUAUCCAAUCGUCCUGGUGUCCUUUAAGGAGAUGAUGGACUGGAUUCAGAAUUACGCCAGGAGCCUCAAGGAAAGGACGGAGGACCUGAAACGGGAACGGCGCUUGGCUGAGGACCUUCUGCAUCAAAUGCUGCCCAAAUCCGUCGCCAAGCAGUUGCGGAAACAUAAACACGUAGAGGCAGAAAAUUACGACCAGGUGACCAUCUUUUUUUCGGACAUUGUGGGCUUCACCACUAUCGCUGCCUCCUGCACCCCAUUGCAAGUUGUCAAGAUGCUCAACAACCUCUAUGUCUGCUUUGAUACCAGGAUCGAAUCCUAUGAUGUUUACAAGGUGGAAACCAUUGGGGACGCCUACAUGGUUGUGAGUGGCUUGCCCGAGAGGAACGGCACAAAGCACGCAGACGAGAUUGCCAAAAUGGCCUUGGAUUUGGUGGCCGCCGUCCGGCAAGUCGUGAUACCCCACAUGCUGACUGGCAAGCUGCAGUUACGGGUUGGGAUUCACACAGGUCCUUGCGUGGCUGGCGUCGUCGGACACAAAAUGCCUCGAUAUUGCCUCUUUGGAGACACAGUGAACACGGCCUCUCGGAUGGAGUCCACCAGUUUGCCUCAGAAGAUCCACAUAAGUUCUGCCACGUACCUCGCACUGCUGGAAGAUGACGCCUAUGAGAUCGAGCUGAGAGGGGAGAUCGAAGUGAAGGGAAAAGGGAAAAUGAAGACUUACUGGCUGCUUGGAAAUAAGAAUUACAGUGUCCAAAACGACAGUCUGGUGUGCCACUGGAAUCCGGCGUUAUCGCAGAAGAAGAUGGAAAACAGCGUUCCCUCUAUUCAGCAAUCAAGCACGGGCACGGUGGGGAAACUGAUGAAUGAAAGAACCCCAGCAGCGUCACAUGAUCAGAGGGGUUCCAUCGGUCACGAUGGCUCACCACUCAGCACUGAACUCCCGAAUCCUAGAGAAGAGGAGAGUGGUCCGGAUUUACUCAGCCACCGGCGAUACCACCCAGACUAUGUGAAGACAUCGCUGCAAAAGAGAGAGCUCCUGCCAGGGUGUGUGGAUGGAGUGUGAAUGGGAGGGUGCUCUGGGGAAACAGAAUUUCCCAUGGCACCCAAGAUUUGGAGGCACCUGUCCCAAACCAAUAUGCUUUAGUGUCUAGCAGUCAUUCUUGCUUCUGAUUAGUGCUAGACAGAUUCCUACAUCACUGUAAAUGUGGCCACUCAUGUAAAGUACGUAAGAGCAUUAGAAGACCGUAAUACAUUUGUUAGCCUUUAGGAUGCCAAAAGACUCUUUGUUGCCUUUUCUAUUCUGUUUUUUUUGCUACAACAAGACUUUA